AGGUUUUGUAGGAAGCAGUAGAAGAAAGGAUGGUACGGUCCUAUGCGGUGAAGGGGAAGAAGCGGAAGAAGGAAGAGGUAUAUGACAGAGAAGAAGAAGGAGAAGAACAAGUAGCAGAACAGCCAGUGCAAGAUGCAAAUAGAGAUGUGAUAGAGAAAACAAGUAAUAGUGCGGAAGAAGCAGAAGAAGGAAAGGAAAAGGAGGUAGUGAAUGAACUUCAGGGUAUUCCGAUUGCCCCAAGCCACCAGAAUGCCGACAAAUCCGGUGUCAUCUUCAUUCUUGAAAAGGCUUCUUUAGAAGUUGCAAAAGUUGGGAAGAGUUAUCAGCUUUUGAACUCGGACGACCAUUCCAAUUUCUUACGAAAAAAUAACAGAAAUCCUGCUGAUUACAGGCCUGACAUUGUUCAUCAGGCUCUGCUAAUGAUUUUGGAUAGCCGGAUUAAUAAGAGUGGAAGGUUGCGAGCUGUGUAUGUGAGAACUGAGAAAGGUGUCCUUAUUGAAGUUAAACCCUAUGUUCGUAUUCCAAGGACAUUUAAGCGGUUCGCUGGUAUCAUGUUGCAGCUGCUACAAAAGCUGAGUAUCACUGCUGUUGGUAAGCGUGAGAAACUUCUGCGUGUGAUCAAGAACCCUGUAACCCAGUAUCUACCCAUCAACUCUCGCAAAAUAGGACUAUCGCAUAGUUCAGAUAAAUUGGUUAACAUAAACCAAUAUGUGGCUUCUGCUGUUAGUGACAAUGACAUUGUGUUUGUGGUUGGUGCAAUGGCCCAUGGGAAAAUUGAUAAGGAGUAUGCAGAUGAUUUUAUAUCAAUUUCUGGUUUCCCCCUGAGUGCUGCCUACUGUAUUGCGAUGAUUACAACUGCUCUGGAGGCAAAGUAUAAUAUCUUGUGAACCCCUUCAUUUUUAACAAUAUGACAAUAUCAAAAAAGAAAAAUUAGUGCUCAAUUGGUUGAUUUUCAAUGAGUACAUGUAAGAUUGAGUGCAUUGCUUUGAGAAACAAGCAUUUUGAUUUAGGAACUACACAGUAUCUGUCAGUUAUUGUAAGGCUUGAGGUUGGCGUGGAGAAAUUUUGAAAUUUAUGAUUA